AUGGGCCGCCCGGAGCCCUGCGUCCUUUUCUCGCAUUCCUUCGUCCACGCGCAACUUGAUGAGUACGUCGACGAGGUCAGUCACUCUCCCUACUCCGUGUAGGUUUUUCUUUUUUCUCGCUCAACUGUUCGCGGUCCGUGAUAAUUCGCGUCCCUUUUCAUGGUGCACUCUGAAAUGAUCUUUUGUUUCAAGCUAUUUUCUGUGGAUUUUUGUGCGUACCUUCGAUUAUGCUCAUCGAAUUGACUAGGGCUUAAGUGGAAACUGGAUUGCUGGCCCCAUAUGGAUGAUGCUUGCAUCACAGUGACCGGAGUUUUGAAAUAUAUAAAAUUUAUCAAGCUAUUCUGCCGGUUAUCUUACCCCUCCCCGAAUUUCUCAACACGUCAUAGCCUAAUCUCGUACGAAUUUAAUUAUGAAUUAUGUAUUGUUUGAAGUAAGUUGGAAUUACGGUGGACAUAGAAACACCGGUUAUCUACAGUCUGUUUUGUCUAUAGGUGGAUAAUUCGUUAUUUCGUCGUGUAUUGUUCGUUCAGGUAUUGUUUGCAGGGCCUGUCGUCGUUACUGGUUGUGAGUUCCUUGAGCAGAAUGCGUCUCCUUCAGUUCCUGCAGUAUCACUUGUUGGGUAUGACAGACAUGUUCUUUUCUUUGAAUUUUCUUUAUCAGUUGACAGUUAACUAUUAUCGGGAUGGAAUUGGUGCCAGAGGCUUCUAAUCUGUUUCGCCUGUUGCGUCUUGAAAUAAUAUUGUUAUUGCAUUCCUUACAUAUAUGAUCUCAUUGUUUUCCGUGAGUCUUUCACAGGGUUUUGGACAGUACUAGGACAAUUGAUUAAUAAUGCUUUAAUGUCUAAAUAUACUAUUUUCGGUCUAUCAACGUUAUACAUUCGUGGAAACCUCUAAAAAACCUUGUGUUACUAAUUUUAGUGAUCCAAUAAGUUUUGAUGCAAGAUGAAUACAUCAGAUGGUGAGCCAUAUCUUCAAAGCCUCGUUUUCUCUAAUCAUCUGGAAGCUUAGUUUAGUGUAGAAGAGAUCUGUUACAAUGCUAUCAAUUAGGAUCAUAGAAAUUCGUGGAAUAGAGCCAUUUUACUCAUCUCAAAGAUAAUGGUGGUUCAACUAUUUAGUAUAAUAUUCCCAUCUACGUAGAUAGUGGCUAGCCAGAAGAAAAAUUUGAAUCAGAAGUGGUAUAUAUUGGUAUUUAAUUUUUGAUAGUGGACCGUAUUCACGACCAUUCAUAGAGAAAAACUAUUCUGUAUGAUGACGACCACUUGUAUAGAAGCUUAAUGGGUGGCAAAAUCCGUUGGUAAACAUCAAUACCUCCCAAAAUGAAGGAUUGGUUUCCCCCCUAGUAGAUCAUGUUGUAACCCAUUCUCUGUUUGUCUCUUCCUCUCUCGAUCAGAAAUAAUAGUGACCACACCGAACUGAACCGUUUUUUCCUCAAUAUGUGAUUCCACGUUCUCUAAGAAGGUUGAAUAUAGGGUAAACUACUACCCUGUUUAAUCUUCUUGUAGUAUCUAUCAUUGAUGCCUACAUGUCCAUCUUUUCUCAACUACCCACGGACGUGUUAUGAAAUAAUUAUUCUAUAGAGUAUCAUCUGCAGAGUUUCUUCUGAAAAUUCACAUCUGACGAAUGUAUCUAUGACAUGCUCUUCUCCUGCAUAGGCUGCCGAUAAUCUGAAUAUUAUCUUUAACUUUACCAGCCAAUCACUGGUGGAAAGUUUCCCAUGUGAGAUCUUCCACAUUAAAAUCUUAACCUUUAGUGACUAUUACAUAUAAACACUUUAAAAGCUGCAUGAUGCGACCAACCUCCUUUGUUUUUAAUGAUAUGAGGUAUAAAUUUGCUUCUUUUAUGCCUCCAGUUCCGUGAAUAUCUUCUGCUACCGAUGUUGCUCUUGUUUCUAGCAAAGAGAGAAUUGUCUUCUUGUUACUCAAUCCCCUUUACCCCAAGCGCUUUCUAAAAGGUGGAUAUCACGGUCCUAGGUGGACAAAUUUAUGUUCAAUGAUCUUAUGGCCAUUUCAACUGUAAAUUUCAAUUGAUGUCUUCUCUUUAUUUAUGGGAAAUCCCUCCUCAUCCUAGAAAAUUGGUUAUAGUGUUCGGUUGCAGGUUCCACACUCUUGUGCUCGUGUAGUACUAAUCAUUUCUGUCCGUAAUGCGCUUUCUUAUAUUCUCAGUAACAGCAAGCCAUAAUUAUUAGUGCCAACUUGAAGUCUCUGAUGAUCAUGCUCCUAAUGCCUCCAUUUUCUUUAGGCUUGUAUAUUUCUCCCGAGCCUAUAUAAUGGCAUUCUCUGCAAUUGUGUUCACUAGCAUGUCAUAUGAAUCUUGUAGUUAUUUUAGGCAUUUUUGUCACCCUCUUCAAAAUUCUGAAUGGGAAUACCAAAUGUGUCACAAUGUGACAUCAAACUAAUCCCCUGCCACUUCUUUCCUUUCCAUUUUUCCACCCUGUAUUCAGAUUUUUGUAUAAGCUUUAUCAAGUCCUAUCAUUGUUAUUUGGUUUUAGUGGCAACCUCAAAUAUGUGAUAUUUAAGUUUCGUACCUCACAUCCAGGAAGUAUGGCUGUCCUUCUUGAGCCUGUUAGCCUCUUCUAAACAUUCUAACAGUAGUCUAACUAUGCACAUGUGAAACAGGUAGAAAGUUCAUAUUGAACUGAUAGUAAUCAUUGCAUUAAUCUGGUGGAAAGAAACAGUCCAUAUUCGGGGAGAAUCCAAUAUCCCAGCUUUAAAAUGGACAGAAGGAAAAUCAAUUAGGGUCGAAUUGAAGGAAAAUCCAUAUGGGUUAAGGUGAUGAUACAGAAAUCUUUCGAAACGGAUCUAGUGGCCUUAUAUAUAUAUAUAUAUAUAUAUAUAUAUAUCUAUAUACUCAUCACAGCUACAAAUAUGAUUAAAAUGCGUGCUUCAGCUAUUCCCGAGGGAAGCACAUAGAAUUCCAAGUUGAUUCAGAAAAUGAUAGAAUGACAGUGCCAUUUUUCUCAGAAUUUUCCACCUGCUUUGUUGUUUUUGACCUGGAACUAUAAUAGGUCAAGACAUGGGCGAUUUAUGUCUUCUUUGUGUAUAUGUCACUGAAUGAUGAUUUCUUUUCGGUAUUGUUCUUUGAAGUGGGUUGUUUUCUAGUGCUUGAAGACGUUAUUAAUCUCAUUGGUCAAGUUUUAUAUUUACUUUAUUAUUUCAUAUUUUAAAAACAUUAAAUAAAUGGAUCGUACGUGUGUAUAAAGGUCUUCCUUCUUAACCUUUGGUUUUUGACCAAAAGGAAUGGAUAUGAUGAUUGCCAUGAGCAACUUUGGUGGCUUCUUCUUAAUGUCUUAGCACUCUCAUGCUUUCUUUGGCUUGGGGUGACCUUCAAACUGUUUGUAGCUUUUAGUAACCUGGUUUCGUUUCUAGCAUGUUGAUCUCUUAACUUAUGUCACAAUCUUAUUUCCCCUAAUGUUAACAUUAGGACAUAGAGUUAUUUCUUGAGGAGAGUAAAUCAUUCUUAUGUUCUUGAUUUUGAAGAAAUUGAUUCUUGAAUCUAACGAGAGACGUGACAUUGGUGCCAUUCUGUAACCAUUCCGAUAGAUGAAAAGUCGUGUAAAUUAUUUUUUCAUGUUGAUUAAUGUUCAUCUUUCAAAUAUUUUUACUUAUUUUCUGUGAGUGAGGCUUGAGUUCCACAUUCUUGAUACAGCGCUACAUCACCACCUUCAUUUGCACUGGAAGUUUUUGUUCAUUGCGAAGGGGAGUCUCGUUUUCGGCGCCUCUGUCAGCCUUUUCUUUACUCACCAUCUUCAUCAAAUGUGCUAGAAGUUGAGGUAUUUCUUUGUGUUCGCAUUUGCGGUCAGCACUCUGUUUGGAAUCUCUCAAUGAACUUUAUGAAUAGCCGCUUUCUUGUUUCAAAGCUUUACAUUCCAGUGUUUUCCUGUGAAUUUUUAGGUUUCCUUUUCUUUCUCUUAAUUGCUCUGAUUUAGGUUUUAGAAGGAUGUUUAUCUUCAACUUGGAAUGAGACAGGGAUAGCUGAUUAUGUAGAACUACUAAAUAUUAAGGCGGAUGCCUCAUUACCUUGACAGCUAGUUUUCGUUUUUGUGAUUUUUAAGAAAAAAAUUAAAUGUACAUGAUCUGACUAAGAGACUUUUGUUGUUUUUGUAUUCAUGCUUCAUGGUUUGAUGGGUGAUGAUGAUUUUAUUUCCACUCUUUGAAUAAAAUACAGAAGGACAUGAGAAACCUCCAUCAGUAUGUUGUGUAGAUGACAAGGUAUAUACCAUUGCUAAAGAUUCUUGCUGUUGCAAAUUACCUAGAUAGAGUGUGUGACACAAAAAACAUUCCUCUAUGUCAAGGUAAAAAGCUGCAGUUAUGACGUGCUAAAAGAUGUGUGCAUGAUUUGGGAACUAUUUCUUUACUGGAAAAAAUGCUAGAAAAAUGAUUGUUAAGUGAAACUGUCAUGCCUAGAAGUUGAUCAUGGUUGGAGUCUGAAUAUAAGGGGCUAAAUGGUUAGAUAAUCUGAUGGAAAUGAUAAUUUCUUUAUUUACUCAUCACUUUUUAUUUGUAUAGAACUCGCUGUUUUUUUGCAUGAUCUUUAAACAACAGCAGACAGAAACAAAGGUGAAUUUGCUGCUCAACGGUAAGUCAUAAUGUCUUCAGAAGGUUAUUCAGUUCUAUUCAACUGGCAGAAGAUAGGUUAAUGCCACGUAUGUUUUGAAUGACAUUGAUCUAUGAUGAAACACAGUUAUUAGAUAAAACUGAUAGGGAGGACUGAGGUGGACAACCUGUUUUUAGGUUCGUAGAUGUACAUCAAGCUGCCUUCUAAAACACUCGUGGGAAAUCUUUUUUCCAUUGUGAAUAAGAAAACAACUGUAUCACGUUUCUUAUAAACUAAUCAACUGCGUUGUGGGGAUUUUUAGGCAUCAAGGUUGUUCAUAUUCUCUAAAAUGAGAUAGUGGACUUUGAGAUUUCGUAAAAAGGAAGGUGUUUUUUCCUCGUUUUGUGAGGCGAUUGAGGUAUUACUUUGGCGUGAAAUAUGGUGAUAUAGUCCCGGCAAUAGCUGCAUCUUGGGUUUUAUUUGUUUGCAAGCUCUUUACCGAUCAAAUAUUGUUUACUUUCAUUUUUAAAUUUAAAACUUAUUUUUUUAUUAUGCAUGUAAAAAGAAUUCAGCUGUAUUGUAAUUCAGCUGAAAAAAAAGGUCAUGAGGGGCUUAGGUCAAAUGCAGUAUGAUUCAUCGGUUAGAUUUAUACCAUUGAAAGACGUAAGUGCUUUCUCUUUGGAUGACAUAAGUGAUAUUAAAUGGCAGCCAAAUAAUGCAGCUACAGCCUUGUCUUUUAUCUUUCCUCGAUCAUUGCUGUAGUAACUUUUGAGUUGAGCUAUGUUUAAUCUUAUGUAGUCCAUUUAUCCUGGAAACAUAAAUUUUAUUUGUAUUAUCUUUGCAACAUUGUUCUUUGUCCCUAUUUAUAUUAUAUACUUUUUGAUAUGCAGGCUGUAGUUACAAACCAUUUAAUUGUGAGGGGUAACUAUCGCAGUCUAAGUCUGGUUAUUUAUGGCAAUACUGCAGAGGAUCUUGGUCAGUUCAAUAUUGAUGUUGACAUGGAUAGCUCUCUAGCAAAUUUAGUUUAUUCUUCUUCAGAGGGAAAGAUUGAAGAUCUCCCCCCACCUUUGCGGUCAAUGAAGUUACCACUCGAAGAUUCCAUAUCAUCUUUAAAAUCAUUGUCCCUUCCUGUUCCUGUGUCAAAUCUUUCAGCUGACAUGGAGGAGUUCUUACAGUUGGUUUUUAAAAUCUGCCAAAUUCCUGAUCUUGCUGAUGCACUUUGUAAAGUUGUAAGUGCUGUAGUAUCAUUGAUAUCAUCCUAUGUCUCUGGUGGUUUUGGAUCAGCAAUGACAAUCUGCCGCCAGAAAUUUGGUGAUGCCACAGAAUGGAGAAAGAAUCCUCAGCAUGCUUCUAAUGCCCUCACUGAUGCCAGAGAUGAGCUUCGUGCGCUCUAUGAGAAUCAUCUAUUGUCAAUUGAAAGCAAGCAGAGUAAAUUAUUUGAAAAUGAAGUGCCUGAGGCUAAGUCCAUGUCGACAAAUUCAGAGUUGCUAGUUUAUUUAUUUGGUCAGUGUUUUCCAUUUUAUGAGGAAAGUAAUACUCAUGGACAUUUAUUACUUUCUCAGGUAAAUGCCUAGUUAACUUUUAGCGUGUUUCUGGAAGUGACGUACCUCUUCUCUUUUGCUAUGCUCAACUCGAACUACUUCUAAUUCUAUGUGUUACUUGUUUCAGAACAAAAACAUGGUUUUAAGAUUGGGGGUCACUCUUCUUUUGUGUUCUGCCAAGGAGAGUUGCUUUUGGCUUGUUAACAAUGGUGGAAUGGAACAAAUUGCUAAUACAUUUUCUUCAGAGGUUCAAAGUUCUGCUGCUACUACCUUACUUCUUCUUUGCGCUGUUGAACAAGCCACUAGGCAUGCCAUUGGAUGUGAAGCUUUUCUUGGAUGGUGGCCACGUAAAGAUAUUGAUGUGCCAGUUGGUAAUAGUGAUGGUUACUGCCAUUUAUUGAGCUUGUUAAUGCAGAAGCAGCGACAUGAUAUUGCUUCCCUUACUACGUAUAUUCUACACCGUCUGCGUUCCUAUGAAAUUGCAGCGAGAUAUGAGGUCUUGAUACUGUCUAUGCUAGUAAUCGUGGGUGUUUACAAAUAAACUCUUUUAAGAUUCAAAAUGAUGGAUUUUUUUUGUUUUUGCAGUCUGCAAUAUUAUCCCUGUUGACGAACCUAUCUGUUGAUUCCUUGGGUGCAACUGACAGAAUACAUUCACUUGUCACUGCCAAUUCUAUGCUGAAAAGUAUUUCGGUUAGUCUUUUUUUUUAACAGUUAUGACUUAUUGGUAUUCGUUUAAGCAUUUUCAGGGUGUAAAAUAGUAUAAAUCAGUCUGAAGCAUGAUUUAAUGGUUAUAGUUUAGUGCAGAAAAUGUCAGAUUUGAACUGUCCAUAUGUAUUAACCAUUAACUGUAAGAAUCUUUUUGGUUUCAACUUCGAUGAAGAGGAGAAUCUGUGUUCCCUUGCGUAUCACUGACAAGUGCUAUUUGAAUACUUAGACAAUCCAGAUUUAUCCUGUGCAUUGCUUUACAUCAUAUUUCUAUUGCAUAAUUUUGUUUAAUAUAGAAUGUGUUGCCAGUCAGAUGCUUAAUACGGUUUAUUCCUAUUUGUCAUCAUCAAUGCAGUGAAUUCUUAGAAUUUAAUUUCCCUUAAUUUAGGACAACUUUGGAAAGAGAAUCCAGACGUAUCUGUAAAUGAAAUUGUACGAGAUUCCAAUCAACGUGCAGCUAAUCUUUUUGAAAGUGAAUUGUUACCUCAUGUUCAUCAAAUUCAGAUAGUCAUGCUUUGAUGCAUAAUUUUGGUUUCCUUCGUUGAAGAAUUAAUGUGAGCUGGUUUUGAAGCUUCAGCCAUUCACUCAUCUGCUCCCUUGUUCCAGAAAUUGUUGAACUUGCGAGUUCCAGUUGAAGAUCCCUCUCCAGCAGCUUUGGUGAAGUCGUCUGCACAGGGUCAAGAAGAACUAUUGUCUUACAGGGCAACUGUAGAUUUUAUUUCUUUGUCAAAGCAUAGUCUUUGGGACAUCGAUGCACAGUUGUUAACCCUUCUCAAGGUAGGUUAAUGUUGUAAGAUUAGCAGGACUUUAAUUUGUGUUUUAAUCACAAAAUCUUCUUAUAAUGAGACAGAUCUUUUUAUAAAUAUGGGACUGGGAUUACAGUGAUUAUUCUUUCCAAUCAUUAAAAUGUGGACAAGCAAAGUACUCAGAAUAAUUUCUGAGUUCAGGUUGGCGGUUCCUUUUUCUACAAGAAGCUAUGCUAUUGGGUUUUGAGUGAUCAGAUGAGAAGUUAAAUUCUUUUCUGCCAAACCCUUGUUCCCAGGCAAAAUGAGCGAAUAUAAAUGAGACGCUAAUAAAUUUCUCCCUGUAAAAGAGAUGUAUGUUUGUGCUCACGUUUGUUGGUAGGUUAGAUUGGAUUUCUUUUUUUUGGGAGAAAAUAUUCUGAUAACUUCUCCCUCAUUUUGUUUUCCUCUCCUCUCAUUUUGCCUACCAAUUUCGUGCUAUAAUAGAUCACCUAAAAGGGCACUCUGUAUUAUCUGGUCCACCUGGUGUUGGAAUUUGUGUUGUAAAUGAAACUGAUGACGACUAAGUCAAUUUAGAAUGACAAAUAUGUACUUACCAGAACUAAAAACGAUUCCAAUAGGCUACCUGAUUCAGAAUUCAGCAACAGGCGUCAUGCAUCUGUAUUUAAAUAUAUGAUGCUGCUUCUGAACUCUACAGUUGGUGUGUGUUCAUCAUUAGUUAUGAAUAAAUUGUUGCAGAUAUCAACUAUAUCAGUGUUUCUCUUUAAAACAUAUCUCAUGAGAAUAAUAUCUGUUUCCAUAUCAAAAUAUUGAGAUAAAUGUCAAUUUCCCUACCGGAGUCAAGAGACGUAAUAUGAUCCCGCUUAUUGGGUUUUGUUAUCAGAAACGACUUUAUCAAAUUCAGUCUCCGCGAAAUAUCUGUUAAUGUGGGAAGUAAAAAUUCUUAAGCUAUGCUUUUUUAUUACUGUUGCUAGUGAAUGUUCUCUUCUACUAAUGCUACAUGUCUUCUUUACUGUCAACUCUUCUGUAGUUUUCUCACUAGUUUUCGUUAGUAUUCUUUAAAAUUCUUUUCAAAUAUCCUUCAAAUGGAUAAUUCACUUGUAUGGUUUUGUUGAAAUAGGAAAGAGGGUUUCUUCCUCUAUCAGCUGCUUUAUUGUCGUCGUCCAUUUUGCGUUUGGGAAGUGGUAGUACAAUGGAGAUUUUUAUGGACAUUGCUGCAUCCAUCGAGCUAGUACUUCUGACACUUCUUGGCUGUCGCUCAGGUUUCUAUGACUGUGUCCACCGGAAUUUUUUCAAGAUAUGUGUUACCUGUUGAACCUUACAUCUUGUUUGUACGCCAGGUUUAACCUUCCUGCUUCUUCAGCCAGAGGCAACUGCAGCUCUGGUUUCAUCCCUGCAAGGAUUUGAAGAUUCAGACAAGGCAGAAUAUGUUACUAUUAGACAUGCAGCAGUUCUAAUAUCAAAAGGUUUCUUUUGCCGUCCACAAGAAAUUGGGAUGAUUGCAGAGCUUCAUCUUAGAGUGGUAAGGAAUCCCAUUACCCACAAUUAGGGUCUGGCUCAUAGGACUAGGGGUCUGACUUCAUUCCGACUCCUGUUUGACAUAUGUGACAGGGUUACUCCUUGAUCCGACUUUGUUCUGACUCAAUAUACUUGAAAACUGAGUAAGAUCACAGUGUAUCUUUCUCACUUGAGUUGAACCGGUCCACUGAGUUUUUAAGUUGUUACUAUAUGUUAUAUUUGGCCCUAGAUUCUCAAGUUUUGGACGAUUUUAGUGUUCUUCAUAAAAUUGUGGAUUCUCUAUUUUUCGUACACUUUGAGGACUUUUUUUAACGCUAGUUUAUCUUUAUUGAUUUACAUUUUCAAGUUUUAGGCUCUUUAGGGUCUAGGUGCUCAAAUAAAGUGUUAGAAUUGCAUAGAUCGAAAUGAAUGAGAGAGAAUUCAGUAAAUUGGAAGGUUUUACUUUAAAAUGGAAUAUAUCAUUGCCCAGAAUUGCGCAUCUUCUUUCAUGUGACGUUUUGAUUGCUCAUCAAUCAAGAAGUCAACUAAAUUAGUGUCAUUUUAAAUUGGUGUCAAAUGGAACCUUUAUGUCUGGAUGUUCACCUCACUAUCAGCUUGACCAUAGGGAUCUCUACUGGUUGGGCUGCAACUUUGGGCCUGGUCGUUUUUUUAAAGGUCCUGUUUUGCCCUUGCCCCGAGACAAUCCCAUAAAAUGGUCUCUUGGUGACGCUUCAGGACGGGGUAGGGUCAGGGGUGGUUUGGAGAUGGUUCCUACCCAUACUUUUUUGUCUGAUUUUGACAUCUAAGGCCAUAUCCUUGAUUCAGUGUCAUGUUGAGAAUUUGAUGUUAAUUUAGCUGCAAAAUUGGAUUGUCUAGAUUGUUGUCUUCUAAUUCUGUUGUGCUUUCUGUUUAAUUUCUUCAUUGGUAUUCCUCACUUUGUGUUCCUUUAAUCUAUAGGGGAUCACCAUUGAUCGGCUGCUGUCAUCUCCUCCUCAUUCUGAAGAGCAACUAUGGACACUUUGGGAGCUUUGUGCGAUUUCCAGGUGGAGCGAUUUGUGUUUUAUAUGUCCAGUUUGCUUCUGUUUGGUGAUUUUUGUAACGUAAGAGUAGUUCCGCAGGUCUGAUUCUGGACGUCAAGCAUUGUUAUCUAUUGGGCAAUUCCCUGAGGUAUCUUUUGCUUUUUAUGAUAAUAUUGCCGCUCAACUGUCUUGAAAAAUUGUAAUUUAACUAGCAUAGAUUAUGUAGAAUAGGCCAAAACUCUAUGUUUUAUGACUAGCUAAUGUUCUUUGGUUAGAUAUGGUUUCUGCUCUGCAAUACAUAGUUCUCUGUGAAGGGUUUUCAUAUUACUUUUCGUUUUACCUACUGCUGAUUGUUUAUUUAUUUGUGUUGUAGGUAGUAUCAGUUCUGAUCCAGAUAUUGCGCUCUUUCAAAGAUAUGGAACCAGUUGGCGUAAAUGCUGGUUUGUGUGGAGGCUGGACUUUUAUUAUGCUUUUUUCUGUUUGUUGGACAUUCCUGUUUCUCUUUUGGGGUCUGCAUCUUUUCAACUUAUUCAAGAACUCAAUAUUACAGGUAGUUCAUCAUUAAGUCUUGCGAUUUUUCACUCCGCUGCUGAGAUUAUUGAAGUCAUUAUCAUGGAUUCAAAUGCAACAUCACUGGCUUCUUGGAUUGGACUUGCUGCUGAUCUUCACAGAGCAUUACACACCUCCUCACCGGGAUUUAAUAAAAAGGAUGCUCCUACCAGGGUGCUGGAAUGGAUAGACGCUGGUGUUGUUUAUCACAAAAAUGGGGCAACUGGUCUCCUCCGGUAUGCUGCUGUUUUAGCUUCCGGUGGAGAUGCUGGAAACGUUCUUGUGUCAGACUCAGUGGACAUUGAGAAUGUUGUCGGAGAUUCAGGCAGUGGUUCUGAUUCUCUUUUUGUGGAUAAUCUCCUCGGAAAGUUUGUCUCAGACAAGUCAUUUGAUGGUGUUGUCCUUCACAACAUGUCUAUGGUGCAGCUAACAACAGCAUUUAGAAUUUUGGCGUUUGUUUCUGAAAAUUCGGUAAGUUUUUUCAUUUAAGGAAUCUGUGGCGUCUGCCAUAUUAGUUUGAUCCGUUUCCCGCUGAUUUUGUGUUCUGUUGGUGAAGACUGUGGCAGCAUUGCUGUUUGAAGAAGGAGCAGUGACACUUGUAUGUAUGAUCCUGAUGAAUUGUAGAUUUAUUCUUGAGCGAUCAUCAAACACCUUUGGUAUGUGUUUUACAUUUUACUAUGCUUAAUAUUGCUGGGCUCAAGUUUGGCCCAUUUUGUGCGCAAACUGCUUGGACUGCAGAGAUAUUUGUUCUUGGACAAUCAUUCCUCUUGUAAUCACUGUUAAUCAUUUCAUUCUAUAGUUUUUCAUCUUACAUUGUAAAUGCCUUAACAUGACUGUGAAAACUUCAUCAACUUCAAAGGGAUGAACUGCCUGAUUUGGUGAAAACUGGAUUUCUUUUCUUUCAGUCUUCAAAUUUGUACGAAUAUUAUUUUUAUUCUGCAGCUUUUAUAGUUAAGAAAACAGUUGAAAGGUUCCUUGGGGCUAUCAUUGUUGGUAGUUUGCACCGUAUUGUUGUGUUAUAUGUUUUUAGUGAGAUAGUAGUCAUAUGAAGGAAGAUUGAAAAGGCAUUUGAUGGGCAGGAGACAAAGUUGAAGAGAAAGUUCGGAAGGGAGUUGCUGAGGGUGAACCAUGUUCGAUUUUAAAUAACGGGAUUUUUUUUUUAAAUACAAUGCUAUUCAGUUUAUAUAGGAUUCUGUAAUUUUGGAACUGUUGGACAAAUUGAAGUUCACAUAAGUGUGCAUUGCUGGAGAUGGUUACUUCUAUUAUGUUUCAAUUAACUCUGAAUGAGAGAAGAUCUGUGUGGCUUUGGUUAUUGAUCCAUCAUUUUUUUGGCUCAGUAUAUUUUCUUUUUCUCUAAAGAAGCUGUAUUUGGGAGACUUUUGGGGAUUAAUCCCCUGUGGUAUAUUAUGUGAUGCUUAUGUAUCAGUCAAAAAGAGGAAUUCGGAAAGAAUAUCCUAGCUUGCCCUGCAUAUUGUUGGUCUACCUCAUUGUAGUGUUGAGAGAUAUAAUAAUUUAAUACUUGGUGGGUGAAGAGAAGAUUACUCCUUAACACAGCCAUGGACAGCCUGAUGAAGGCGUGAACUAGGAAAGGGUGACAUACUCCUGUGAAAGUAUAUCCAGUAACGAAUUCUGGCCUUUUCGAUGCGGAAAAUGGACUGACCACAUUCUCUAGAAAGAAGCUAUGACAACUGAAGAGCUGCUUGUGGUGGCUACCUGCAGUACAUACAUUUGAGGACGUCUUAUUAAUUGAAUUAGUAUUAAACAAACCGCUAUUGCAAACCAUCUGAUUCCUUGCGGGGUAGGUUGUAAACCUUGGUCAUUUACAUGAGGGCAUGAAUAGUAGGAAGAUGGAAAUGGAGUAACGUUUGUAUACCUAUAACAGUCUAGCGCUAAAUGAAGGGUUUUCAUGCACUUUUUGUACGUAUUGAUUGUGCUUGCUUCUUCAUAUUUAUGCUCAUGAUAGAAAGUUCAAUAAGUUGACUUGAUUCCAGAUCAAAACUAACAAAUUUAAGGGGAGGUAGGAAUUGCUGGCAUGGGCAUUGUCUGUGUUAGUGCCAUAGGGGGAAUGCUAUACCUGAUGAUCUUUGUUGUUGAAGUUUGUAACAGAGGUGGGUUAUAGUUUUGCGGUCUCGGUAUAGUUGAACCAUUUCUAAGGAGUCAAACUUUCUACAAGGAUCAAUUUAGGUUUCUGUCUCGUGCCCUUUAUCGUAUGAAGUUAAUAUAGUGAUAAUUGUGUAUACAUGAAUUUAUUUCUGUAUUUUUUUGUCUUAUUUGUACUUGUUUCUUUUUUGUUCCUUGAUUUGUAACGCUGCAAUAGGAAACCCAUGUCUGUGCUUGCUCCUUUUCAUAUUUUUGACACCUAUAUAACUACACAGAAGUUUGGGUUAUAACUCAUUUGGAUUUCGUUUUGUUGACGUUUAGUUGCCAACAGAACUUCAGCUUCUAAGUCUUAUGAUCAAUAUUUUAAAAUGUAGCCCUUUGGUUGUAGUGAAUGUAUCGUUUCUGCCAUUGGUGGUCUGAUCCUACUUAAAGAACUUAAUUUCAUGUCCUGUAGAACCUUAGUUCCAUUACGCUAUAUGAAUGGUUAUAUUUAUUGAAAGGUCUUUUUUUCUUGCAGAUUAUCUCGUUGAUGAAGGAACAGAAUGUGGUUCUACAUCAGAUUUGCUUCUGGAACAAAUUCUUGAGCAAAGUGUGGUUGAACUUAUGAUUCCUUGUCUAGUUCUACUGAUUAAUCUUCUGCAGACAUUACAAGUAUGUUAUUAAAUUCACAUGUUUGAGCAUAGCCUUUUCAUUUUUAUGCUUUUUUGCUACUUUUUUUAAACAAUAGAGCUAACAUAGAUCCAGUCGACCUUGUAUCUAAGCCUAUCAUUCAGGUGAACACACAUUUUUUUUCUUGUUUGUUUUGAAAAGAUGUUGAUCAAUUCCAAUUCUUUCUUUUUAUAUCGAUUCUUUUCUGAUCGAGAUGUAUGGAUCCAUGGAUCUGUAUCUUUAUGGACCAUGAUCAUGGAUGAACGAAAAUGUGUCAAAUCCCUAAUUGCCCCUUCCAUCUUGAGUCUAAGUUCUCAGAUCUACCCAUUUUGAUUUGGAAUUUACAUAUUCAAUUUGAAAUCAUCGGCCAAUUUUUUAUCUAUUCAAUGUUUUCAUCCUGGGGCAAGUCAUCAUCUUCAGAGGUUUCCCUUUAUUGAAGGCAUUUUCUUUUUAAUAAUUUGAUGUAGUUGAUUUCGAUCUUCUUCAAGUCAGCUAGUGGCAUCCUGUUGGUAGGUUUCACAGUUAGGUAUGCUGUGUAAGAACUUUGCCUUGAUUCUAUCGAAUCAAUCUAAAGUUUUGAGUGUUAUUCGUGAUGAGCGUAGUGCUUGUUGUCAUGUGGGUUUGAGGCUUUUUCUCAUAAGCCAAGUCCCUACUUAGACCAUCUAUUUCUCUUCGGUUGGAACAGCGAAGUAAUGCGCCAAGAUUUAUUAGUCAUUUCUCCCAUCAACUUGAAUUAUAUGCCCUCCAGGAUUAAUGCUUGUUAGAUGUGUAUUUGUAGUUUCUGAUGCGUGCUUAUUUGUUUGUAUUAUCAUUUUUCUCGUAACUCCUUUAUUUUCUGUAUCCAAUAAUUUUCUACAUUAGAAUGACUCAUGAGUAUCCUCAUUCCUGGCAUUGCCUUGCAAGCCCCUUGUAGAUAAAUUUACAAUGCCCAACUACUUUGGUUAUUAAUGUUUUCUAUUAAUCUUUGAUCUUGCAGGAGGCUAAAGAACAGUAUCGGAAUACGAAGUUACUCAAGGCUCUUCUACGAUUGCAUCGAGAAUUAAGGUGAAUCAGAUUAUUUUCAUUUUGUUAUGUAUGCAUAUAUGAGUAAAAGUUCAUACCAUUUUUCGCGUGCAUUUGUCAUGUUACGUAUGCCUUACAGUGAAAUGUCUUUGGCUGUUCUGAAUAAGGAUUGUCCAUGUUUUUAUGGUGAAUUUUUUGCUGCUGUAGUCCAAAGCUGGCAGCAUGUGCAGCAGAAUUAUCUUUUCAAUAUCGUACCUCAGCCCUCAGUUUAUGUACUGUUUGCCGUCUUAUUGCGUCUGCACUGGCAUGUUGGCCAAUAUUUGGUUGGACACCUGGCUUAUUUCAUUGUCUUCUGGAAAGCAUUCAAGCGUCAUCAUCAUUAGCUCUGGGCCCGAAAGAUGCUUGCAGUUUCCUAUGUCUUCUGGUAUGGACCACUUCAUAAUCAUAACUAGUUUGCUUUCUAGGAUCCUGGAUGUGGUAACUGUCUUCUUGUCACCAAUCGUCUCUGACCUCCCAUUAACUUUUGAAUCACGCUGCUUUGUUAACUUAAUCAACUGUUACGUCUGAACAUCAUCUGACCCCUCUAUGUUUCUUGUUCUGGAAGGGUGACCUAUUUCCAGAAGAAGGUAUAUGGCUUUGGAGGAAUGGAAUGCCCUCACUAAGUGCUAUUAGAACAUUGAGUGUUGGAACAAUAUUAGGUCCUGAAGGAGAGAAAUUCAUUGAAUGGCAUCUCCAGCCAGAACACCUGACAGUACUGCUUGGUCGAUUGACACCUCAGCUUAAUAAAAUUGCACAGAUUGUUCUACAUUUUGGCUCUACUGUGAGUAAUAUUAUUAUAUUCCGUUUUCAACAGACUCGCAAAAACUUAAUAUUUCUUGCUCACGUGACAAAUUUAUGAUGGUAUGAUCAGGCCUUGGUGGUUGUUCAGGAUAUGCUUCGAGUGUUUAUAAUUCGCAUAUCUUGUCAAAGGGCAGAGUGUGCUGUUCUUCUGCUGGAACCAAUUAUAUCAUGGAUUAAUGAUCACAUUAAAGGAAUAACUGGUCAGUCAGAGACGGACCUCUUCAAGGUAGGGUUUUAAACCUCUUUUUCUUUGUCUAAUGGGAAAUUUCUUUAUAUUUUCUGUUAUGCUUUUCAGAUGUACAGAUUGCUUGAGUUUGUUGCUAGCUUGUUGGAGCAUCCAUAUGCAAAGGUUCUGUCCUGUGGCUAUUCUCUUCAAACAGUUGUUAUUGAAUUGGAAACAUUGUCUUAUUUUUACCUUUUCCUUCUGUCAGGCAUUGUUGUUGAAGAUGGGGAUUAUGAAGAUCCUAAAACAAGUACUUGAACAAUGCGAUGAGGCAUAUAUUUUAGAAGAGAAGCUAGUAUCUGAGAACAGAAUACCUGUUAAAAGUUCGGAAAAUAUACUUAACUUCUGCAUGCCUUCUUUCAAAUCAUUGGCGUUAAUUUUUGAUUCCCGUGAAACCAAACCCAAUGCCUGCUUAUAUGACGAGUGAGUAAUCUUCAGAAAACUUACUAGUUUAAAUGUAAAUCUGUGCAAGACCGCUUAUUGUUUCUUGCUUCUGUAGGACCUCCAUUGAGAGUACAAGUACGCAGGAUUGUUCUAGAAUUAUGCUGCUUAUCCUCAGGUUAUGCAAGGUACGUGAAAUUGAGUUUGGUUUCAUCUUUUUCGUGAUAUAAGCGUCAUCAGUUAAUCUUUUGUGAUAGGUCCAGAAAUGUUCCUUUGUUUUCAUGUUCAAUUAUUUGGUACAAGAUUCCUGGUUGUAAAUAUUAAAUGCUGAGGACCUACCAAAAGUUCCUUGAUAGUUAGUUUAGAGAUAUUUCUAGAUUCUGAAUUAGAAUGUUAAUUAUGCUUGUCUCAGUUAAGCUAGAAAGCUCUUGGAAUUGGCUUAGUAUUUCUUCUAGUUAGCCUUUUGGAAGGCUUGCACCAUGCUCAUUGUUUGCCUUCCUUCUAGCUAGAAAGCUCAUUGUCUAUUCCAUGCUGGAUACAUUGACAUUUGCAUGUGUUCCGAUUACAUAGCCUAUGCUGGAUACCGAAAAAUACUUAAAAGAAAAUAAAUAAUUUCCCUAUCAUUUUAUGAAAUGAAAUCCAUUACAGAGUAUUAAAUAUGUCCACUUGAUAUACAGCGAAAAUGGGAAUACAUAUGCCACAUUUAAGUGAAAUACGAUAAACAUGGCACUAAGCGGGCUGAUUAAGGUUUAUGAAUCUUGGUUGUGUAAGUGCUUAUUUAUUCUGUGAAAACACGAUUUUCUUAUGAUCAUAUUUGUGUCAAUUUUCGUCACUGAUAGUCAUAAUGCUAUUAAUGUAAAUGGAGCACCGAUGAAUGUGUGGGGGAAUAUCAUGAAUGUCUACACCGGAGGAUCUUCGGAUGGCUGCUAAGUACCAUGGCCUUACCUUGGAAAGCCACCGAUAAAGGGCUUUCAAAAUGUCCCUAAUGCUAGUGGUGGGCCAGAUGAGAGAAAAGGCAGAGGUUUGUGGGCAUAUGUGAGUGUUUUCGGCAAUGGUACUUUAGCAUAGACAAGCACUUCAAGAUAUACUCCAACUACCACUGGUUUCAGGUUGUUUUCAGGAUGCACAAUCCCCUGCAGAAUUCACAAGUGCAUAUGUUGUGAUUCUUUUACAUUAUCUCCUUUUUAUCAGUUAUUUUUUAAAUGACAAUGGAUUUGAAUUUAGCGACGCUUGGUCCCCCAUUUCAUUCGAUAGCUCAAGUUGUGGUGUCUGGCCAGUGGGCUGGGCAUAUUUGUGUUAAAUUUUUUGAUGUGCUGACAUUUCUUUCUCAUCAGGCUCUGCCAGUUGGGAGAGAAUUGCUUGGUUGUCUGUUGUCUUUUAAGGAACUGGUUUCCUCCACGAAGGGAAGGAGUGCCCUUUCAAGCAUCUUUUUGCAGACUCCAUCGCCAGGGACCAGAGAACAAAUUGAGAAGGAAAAUGGGAGCAAUCUUCCUGACAUCUUUGACUGGGGCAGCUCUCCUCCCUUUUUAGUUUGUUGGAGAAAACUAUUGGGCGCCCUGCAUAUAGAAGACAAUGCUUCAACUUAUGCCGUUGAAUCUAUUCAUUUACUGUCUCUGAGUGGUUUGUGCAUUUGCAUGGAAGGUAAAAAGUGAGUUCUGGAACACAGGUUAUCUUCUUCUUUUCAUUUGCAUAUCCUUUAUGGAAAAGUAUUGAAUAUUUUCUUAUGCACGUAACGAAAAGAGAAACUGUUUGAUUACUAUGUUUAAAGUAGUAGAAGAGAGAACAUAGUCCUCGUAAUGAAUGAAUGGGCCAAGCAUCGUUUAUUUUAAAUUUAGAACCUCACGUUUCUUAAUUACUUGAAUGUGCUUUAUUGACAAUAUGUGAAGAUGAUACAUGGUUUCUCGGUGCAUGAUGAAUAAAUGGGCCUCCUCUACUAUUUUUCCGGUUUUUCUCUAUCUAGAAAUAAAGGUUUGUGUGUGCUGGAUUUAAAAUUGAGUUUCAUACUUUUGUCCGUUUGUAAUACUUUUCGAUUAGAUUUAACUUUUUAACGUUACUGACUGUCCUGUAAAAGAAAAUUCUAUGAUGUCCAAUAUGACAACAAAACUAUGGAUUUCUCCGUGCAUUUAAUGUACAUAAGUAUAAGAAGGAAGAUAAAAUGAGGGUAAACGAUGGAAGUGAUAAAUCAACCUAAAAAUAUUAUAAGCUAAGGCACAUAUUUUCUUCAUUGUCAAUAUCCCAUCUAAAACAUCGUCUUUUAUUUUGUCUGGGCAGCUUGGAGGGAAUUUCAGCAUUGAAAUCCCUUUUUGGGCUUUCUUCUGACAAGGAUGGUGCUGUUGCUUCUGUUGAAUCAUUAAAGGAUCUGCACAAAAUGAUCUCUGUGCUGGAUCAGAGAACCAGCGAAGAUGAACUCGUAGCCUCAUCCACAAUAAAGGUAUUAUGUCAAGUACGAUGUCUGUGGAAUUAUCUUUUUUUUUUAUACUUAUUAUACAGUAAUAGUAAAACAUUUGAAUACUCGCAUGAUUCUGUGUGUGCUAAUAGGUUAAAGAAGCUGUGAAGUCAAUGGUGUUCCUUCUUCAGAAGCCUGAAUCUUCAUCGUUCAAGGUGGAAGGCCUAGUUCCUUGUGAAGAUUCAGCUUCCAUGGAUGCCGUAUUGUCACCUGUGGUGACCCCGUCAUCACCAUCUGUUCCAUUUAGCAGAACUUCAGAUCUAGCCAAAACAUCAAGUCAUUAUGCACAUGUGUUGAGAUCCAGUGGAGAUUAUGAAAAUGGUAUCUACAACAGUUUCGUUGGUGCCCACUCAGAAAGAUUUGUUUGGGAAUGCCCUGACACUGCACCUGAUAGAUUGAUGAUGCCAUCAGUACCUACAAAGAGGAAACUUGCAUCAUCAGAGGGCUCCACUCGGCGCUCACGGGAUAGUUCUCUCCCAGAGGCUGUAGGUUCCAAUGGAUUUCCUCGGGGGGUGGGCAGCAUGAGCAGCAGCUCUGUCCCAACUCGAAGAGAUACAUUCAGACAGCGUAAGCCUAAUACAAGCAGACCACCGUCCAUGCAUGUGGAUGACUAUGUUGCACGAGAGAGGAACACUGAUGGAGCAGUUAGUGGUGCCAAUGUUGCAAGCUCUCAACGUGGAGGAAUGUCAAGUGGGAGACCUCCUUCAAUUCACGUGGAUGAAUUUAUGGCAAGGCAAAGAGAGCGCCAGAAUUCUUCACCUGCAACUGUUGGGGAUGUGGUUCAAGGGAAGAAUGUGGUACUCAUGAAUGGGAAUGAAUCUGAGAAAGCAGAUAAGUCGCAGAAAUUCAAAGCUGACCUCGAUGAUGAUCAUGAAAUCAAUAUUGUCUUUGAUGAUGAGUCAGAAUCUGAUGAUAAGUUGCCAUUUCCCCAACCAGAUGAUAAUCUGUUGCCUGCUCCUGUAAUGAUUGGGGCAGGUUCCCCUGGUUCAAUAGUUGAAGAGAAUGAAUCCGAAGUAAAUGAGAAUAAUGCUCGGAUUUCUCAGAUCACCACCCCGCACCGAUCUGAUAUUGGGAAUUCAGAUUUAGAAGUUCAUUUGAGAAGAAGACACAUUUCCCAAAUGGAAGCGUCAAUGUCUUCCGAAAAGAACUAUCCUAGGUCAAUGAAACAAAAGACAUUCUUCCAGGAGCAGUCCUCAGAUUCAAAGUAUGUGGCUCCUACGUCAAAGGGAUUUGAUAACACACCGCAGACAAGUGUGAACGCUUUUCCUCAAUUCUAUAAUAUUAGUCAUUCACAGUCAUCAGGACAGUCAUUGGGAGACACUCAACUCUCUCAAGCUACUUUUUAUCCAAGGGAUAGCCCACAGAAGGGAGGCAGUGCUUCAUCAUCUACGGGGCCUCAGGGCUAUCACGAAAAUAAAUCGCUUAUCAGUCAGCCACCUUUACCGCCUACUCCCCCUCCAACAAUUUCAUCAAUGCCGCUUCAGACUGCCCAAUCUGUGCAGAGCUAUGCAUCUGGGAGAGAUGUGCAACCUCCACUUCCUUCAGGAUUUCCGUUACAAGGAUUUGACAUUAAUGGUCCUGGCUCAGUGUCAGUUCCUAAUUUCCAAGUAAGCGAAAGUAUUUUGUCGAUGGCGAUUCUAGUUGUAUUGUACUUUCCAUGCUAGAGUUCCAAUAACUUCUAACUGAUUGGGUCAUUUUUCUAAGCAGGUUUAUUCUGAAAAGUUGUCUUCUAUUGCGGCGAACAACUCCACGCCAUCAACAGCUCAGUCUGCGGUAGAUUCCAGAUAUUCUGUGCCUGCUAGCAAUAAGUUGAAUGCUGACAGUUAUGCGUCAAGCUCUUCUACGAGAACUUUGCCACCCCUCCCAACAACACUUCCUCCAUUUUCUAGUUCUCUUACUCAGUCAUCGAUCAUGCAUCCUGGCCCCCAGCCCUCCGUAUAUACUCAGGCUACUCAACUUUCUUUGUCAUCCACUCCCGGAAUAUUUUCUGCCUCAGGAGGUAGUUUAACAACGUAUUCACUUCCUCCAUUCACGCCAUGGCAAGCACCCAUAUCUGGUUCUCUUUUUAGCUCUGUCAAUAUGCAGCCUAGCCAAAAUCAGCCAGCUCUGUCACAGCAGAUAACCGGUCAAUCUUCUGUACAAUCUGUGCAACCCCGUCCACCGCCACCACCGCCUCCACAGGCACCCCGCCCUUCUCAUCCUCAACAACAGUCCAGGGCUGGUGUUCAGUUUUCGCAGCUGCCAUCUGAGCAAGUUCUUUCGUUGAGAAGUCCUAUUCAAGUACAAGUGCAGCCUCUCCAGUCUCAGCAGCAGCUACAGAUUCCUCAGCUCCUGUAUUAUCAAUCUCAACAGCAGGAAAAGAUUAUGCUCCCACCUCAGACAUCUCUUGAACAACCUCAACCACAAAAUCUUCUGUCUCAAUCUGAUAGUAAGCUUCAACAACAGGAUCCUGGAAUAUCACUGCAGCAUUACUUCUCUACUCCUGAAGCUAUUGAGGUAUGUAAUGUGCGAGACAAAGCUUCUUGUGAAAUUUCAUAUGUGGCUUUCUAACGAUUUAUUUAUUCCACUCUGUUUUGGUCUGCUUGGCAGUCACUGUUGAAUGAUCGAGAAAAACUUUGCCAGAUUCUAGAGCAGCAUCCUAAAUUAGUCCAAAUGCUCCAGGUUAGUGAGUCUACAUGUCUCAUGGUGUGUAUCUCUGGUAAAUUGGAACAAAGUUUUAAGAAUAUUAUUUUAAAUGAUGGAUGGUUAGAGAUGAUUCUAGGUUCAACAAUCAAAAAUUUUGGUUUGUUUUAUCCCAAGAUAUGAAUAGCACCAAAAUGCAUUUGCUGAUUAGCGACUAAUAUUUUUGGUCUUUUGAUAAUAAUGAGCUGCGUUAGUUUAAUAAUUUUAUGUGCAAUCGGCAUGUUGCUCAUAGGUGGUGAUGAGAUUAUUAGCCAAUCAAACUGAAUGAGUUAUUAGCCAAUCGGCAUCUUAGAAGUUCUGUUUUGAGUAAUGCCGAGUAUUAUUUAUAUGUGCGCAUGGCCAUAUAUUUUAAUUUAUGAUUUCCCUACCUAACGGUGCGCUGAUCGCAUUACCUUAAAGACCGCAAUGUUUGGCUUCCAUCACUUGGAUGAUAUCAGCAGGGUUUCGACGGAUGAGGCAGCCCUUCCAGCUCCAGAUCCUCCAUUUCCAUCCUCGUUUUCACCGGAUGAAGUUUCUGUUCUUCAUUGAGAGGCUUCUUUUUCCUAAUGUUCAGGAGCGGCUGGGGCAGAUAUAG